CAGAAAACAAACAAGACCCAGCAUUCAUGAUAUGCACGCUCUUAAGGCUGUGCAAUUGGGCAAUUAGUUGAAAGGGGUGUGUUAAAAAAAAUAGCAGUGUCUACCUUUGACUGUACAAACUCAAAACUAUUUUGUACAAACAUUUUUUUUCUGGGAUUUAGCAAUCCUGUGAAUCACUAAACUAAUAUUUAGUUGUAUGACCACAGUUUUUUAAAACUGCUUGACAUCUGUGUGGCAUGGAGUCAACCAACUUGUGGCACCUCUCAGCUGUUAUUCCACUCCAUGAUUCUUUAACAACAUUCCACAAUUCAUUCACAUUUCUUGGUUUUACAGCAUUUUUGAUAUCACCCCACAAGUUCUCAAUUGGAUUAAGGUCUGGAGAUUGGGCUGGCCACUCCAUAACAUCAAUUUGGUGGUUUGGAACCAAGACUUUGCCCGUUUACUAGUGUGUUUUGGGUCAUUGUCUUGUUGAAACAACCAUUUCAAGGGCAUGUCCUCUUCAGCAUAGGGCAACAUGACCUCUUCAAGUAUUUUAACAUAUGCAAACUGAUCCAUGAUCCCUGGUAUGCGAUAAAUAGGCCCAACACCAUAGUAGGAGAAACAUGCCCAUAUCAUGAUGCUUGCACCUCCAUGCUUCACUGUCUUCACUGUGUACUGUGGCUUGAAUUCAGAGUUUGGGGGUCGUCUCACAAACUGCCUUUGGCCCUUGGACCCAAAAAGAACAAUUUUACUCUCAUCAGUCCACAAAAUGUUCCUCCAUUUCUCUUUAGGCCAGUUGAUGUGUUCUUUGGCAAAUUGUAACCUCUUCUGCACAUGCCUUUUUUUAACAGAGGGACUUUGUGGGGGAUUCUUGAAAAUAGAUUAGCUUCACACAGACGUCUUCUAACUGUCACAGUACUUACAGAACCGCACAAGACUCAAACAGCAAAGUUCACAGAUGGCAAGUAAACAAGAGAUCAUAGUGACUGCAGUCAAAGUGCUGGGAUACAUAGAGAAGGUCUCCUCCUUCGCCUCCGCUUUCGAACCUCUCUUUGGAAUUGUGACAAAUGUAGUUGGGAUGUUCAGGAAAGGCCUGGUGGGCGAAGAGGACCAUAAGCUGGCCCAAGACUUCAAACAAAUUAACGAGAAGCUGGAAACCAUCUCGGAGAAGAACAAGCAGACCCUUCGGCAGAUGCGCAUCGAUGAAGUCAACGAAACGUUCGGUAAAUAUGAGGAGAUCAUCAAGCAUCAGUACGAAGCCUUUAACACCAUGGUGGAGAGAGUGAAGCUUGAGCCGGACAACUCUAAGAAACACAUAGAUGAGUUUGUGGAGAUCUACAAGAAUGACAGGAAUGAUAUGAGCUUAAAAGUGUAUUAUGAUGGAGUGACGCACCAAGAGUCUGUGUUUGGACGACCGCUGCUGGAGGUUUACUUGGAGCACUGCAAUAGAGACAGAAGAGUGAUGGAGGCCAGAUGCUCACACAUUGUUCACCUUUUCUACAUCGGUCUUAUAACACUAAUGGCCUACACCUUGGUCACAGAAAGCGAUGAGGAGGAAAUGAGGGAAAAAUGGAAAAAAAGGGUUGUUGAAAUUCAAGCCAAGAUGCAAGAAGCUCUAGACCAAUGUGAACAAGGAAACUGAUCCAUAUUAUGUUCUGAAUGGUUGAAUGUCAUAAAUAAGUUUGAAUUAAGAAGUGUGUGUGGUUUAAAAUGGGAAAUACUUUAAUGUCCCUGUAAUGGAAAGCUCUUAAUAAAUCUCAACCAAACUCUUUCCUAAGCAUGCGAGUCAUUAUAGAGCAAUUCCACAGUGUAGGCCUACCUGCAACGACAAUAGCCUGCAAAAAUCAAUCUUCAUGGAGAAAGCCAUUGUCCUUGAGAAAACCUGGGGUUCAACUGUGUGAAAGGCAGGAUAAAUCUGGCAAUAGUAAACUUUGAUCAAAGUUGAGUUGAUGUAAAAUGCAACAUGGAAAGAAAAACUGUGUAAAUCCAAGCAGAAAGUGUACUUAAUUCAGUUGAAUAAAAUUUUGCUUGAAUCCUA